AUGGACGUCGUGACCAAGCUCGGAUACGACGCUUUGGAUCGGUCAGUUUUCGCCCACGAUACGGCUGCAGGGUUAUGAGCUGGGUGGCCGAGGAGCUGAUGAUGUGUGUGUGGGUGGGUGGGUGUGUUCCGCGCUUUCCCGGGGAUUUUGUCAGUGGCGUAUUGCCCGAUGCGAUCGUCAGGAGAGCGAUUCGAUACCUCUGUCGGCAACGAUUACAAGAGUAUGCAUACACGUAACCCCCCCUUCUCACGAUUACGUUUUGAGUAACAACUGAUUCCGGGCGUGUACGUGGGUUGUGGGUUGUGGGGGGGGGAUCGCGUAGGGUUAAAGCGACCAACAUGGAAGCGAGCGUAGAAGCAAAGUGGGCCUACAUCCAGGGCUUGAAGCAGCAUCAAGUCGCGAUCGAGACCGAAAAGGCGAACGAGCAACACUACGAGGUACGUACCCACCCCCCCAACAGCACCGUUCGGGAGCAAGUGAGAGUAAAAGGGACCGAACUGACAUCCCACUCUCGGCCCGGCUGCACCACCUCGAGAACAGGUUUCUACCGAGUUCAUCCAAUCCUGUCUCGGACCCCACAUGAAAUAUUCUUGUUGUCUAUACCCAACGGGUAAAGAAACGCUCGAGAAGGCGGAAGUGCUGAUGCUGCAGUCGUAUUGCGAAAAGGCCAAGCUCGAGGACGGGAUGGAAAUCCUCGAUUUGGGGUGUGGAUGGGGUUCGUUGAGUUUGUUCUUGGCCAAGGUCAGUCGGCCAAUUUUCGGGUAGAGCUGGAGUUUAGUGAGGAGCAGACUGAUGUUCUUGCAUUUUGGGGGGUCGGUCUAGAAAUACCCCAACUCGACGAUCACGGCCUUGAGCAACUCGGCGACCCAAAAAGUGCACAUCGAUAGCCAAGCCGCGUUGAGGGGCUUGAAGAAUUUGACCGUCUUCACCGGGGACGUCAAGGUGUUCAAUGACUUUGCUGGGACGAGAAGGUGGGUCUUUUUUUUGAGUUGGCGGGAUCGUGGCGCGGUGGGGAGCUGAUCUGGUAUGCGCAUGCUUUGGUGUCGGGACAGCUUUGAUCGCAUCUUGUCGAUCGAGAUGUUUGAGCACAUGAAGGCGAGUCAACGACAUCGUUACGCCUGUUACGCACAUAUUGAUCGGGACUUGAUCCCGAUACAGAACUACGAGCAGCUCCUGAAAAAGGUCAGCUCGUGGCUCAAACCCAACGCCGAGGCCAAGACGGGCGAGGCGCUCCUUUUCGUCCACAUCUUCUGCCAUCGGGACACACCGUGAGCAAAACUGUAGCCCAAAAUGACACCGUCUUUGAGAUGCUGAUCCAUGAAUCGAUCGGAUGUGCUUAGGUACCACUUUGAGGAGAACGACGGGUGGAUGUCGAAGAACUUCUUCUCUGGUAGGCCUCAGAACACGCAGCUUGGAAGUGCAUAGGAUCACGAGCUGAUGUUUCACUUGUCCCCGAUUCGUUACAGGCGGAACGAUGUCCUCGUUCGACUUGUUCACGCACUUCCAAACCGAUCUGACGCUCGAGCGAUCGUGGUGGAUCAACGGCAAGCACUACGGACGGUGCGUCGAAGACUUCUCACCGAGCGUUCAAUUUUUUGCCUUGACGAAACGUCCGACUGACCUUCUCGCUGUUCGAAUCUUGUCCCAUUCAGCACCUGCGAGGACUGGCUCAAAUUGCAAGACUCGCACCGUUCGAAAUGGUUCAACUCGUCGUCGCCUCGAUCGGACGAACUCGUCACCGGACCGGCGGCGAAAUCCGCUUCGAAGCAGGAGAGGAGUACGGAAGGCUCCAAGUCGUUCUAUAGGUUCAGGGUGUUCUUUUUGGCGUGCGCCGAGUUCUUCGCGUUGGAUGAGGGCGAGAGUUGGGGGGUCGGGCAUUAUUUGUUCAAGAAGAGGGACUGA